GACUCCAUGUCAGAUUCCAACACCAGCGACUUCACCAACCCCUCCUCCUUCAUCCUGCAGGGCAUUCCCGGCCUGGAGGAGGCCCAUGUCUGGAUCUCCAUCCCCUUCUGCACCAUGUACGUCAUCGCAGUCUUGGGGAACUUCACCAUCCUGUUCAUUGUGAAGAGGGAGCCGAGCCUCCAUGAGCCCAUGUACUAUUUCCUCUGCAUGCUGGCCAUCACCGACCUGGUCCUGUCUACGUCCAUCCUGCCUAAAACGCUGAGCAUCUUCUGGUUCAAUUCCAGGGAGAUCGAUUUCAGCGCCUGCCUCACCCAGAUGUUCUUCAUUCACUGCUUCAUAGCAAUAGAGUCUGGGAUCUUCACGGCCAUGGCAUUGGAUCGCUACGUGGCCAUCUGCUAUCCCCUGCGACAUUCCACCAUCCUGACAGACCCUGUGGUGGCCAAGAUAGGCCUGGCUGUGGUGCUGCGCAGUGGCGUGCUCGCUUUGCCCACUCCCUUCCUGGCAAGACGGUGGCCCUAUUGCCGAACCAACAUCAUCUCUCACACGCACUGCGAGCACAUCGCCGUGGUGAAGCUGGCCUGCGCCGACACUCGCCUCAGUAGUUACUAUGGGCUCUCUGUGGUGUUCUUAGUCACUGGAGUGGAUGUGUUUUUUAUCACCAUGUCCUACGCCCAGAUCCUCAGGGCCGUCUUCAGCCUCCCCACCAAGGACGCCCGGAUCAAGACUUUCGGGACCUGCGGCUCCCACCUGGGUGCCAUCUUAGCCUUCUACAUCCCAUAUCUCUUCUCCUUCCUCACGCACCGCUUUGGCCACAAUGUGCCCUUACGUUUCCACAUUCUCCUUGGCAGCGUGUACCUCCUGGUGCCCCCCACGCUGAACCCCGUCAUCUACGGGGUGAGGACCAGACAGAUCCGGGACAGGCUGCUACGUCUGUUAACUCAGAAAGGGACCUAA